AUGAAUAAAAAAGCACCAUUAAUACAACCAUACCAAUAUCAACAACCACCACAACAAUAUGAAUCUUAUCAAAUUGCACCACCAAAUAUUGUUACACCAUUGGUUUGUCAAACUGCAAAAUAUCGUUUACAAGGUACAUUUUAUUCAGGAUUCUUUGAUAAUUUCCCAAUCGAAUUAAGUAGUUCACUCGCACCAGCAGACUUUAGUUAUGUAAUUAGAGAUAUUAAUGAUGCUAUAAACUAUAAGAAUGGAUUACGUAAAACUCUUUUAGUUGCAUUCGUCCUUUCAACUAUUUUAUUCUUUUUCAUCUUUAUUCCUUUUGUUUUUGUCUAUGUCAUUAUCCUCCCAAUUUCAAUUCUUCUCAUGGCAAUUUCUUUCUUUUCUUUUCUUAAAAUUCAAGCAAUAAUCACAAAGAGAGUUCAAGUCGUUGUUGAAAACUUUAAUAAAAUCUUCUCAAACAAUAAUAUUUCAAUGGAAAUCACUUCAGGAAGAAGAAAGCAUAUCCAUAUUAUUUAUCCAAUUUAUUACAAUAUCCAACCAGUUGUGCAAACUUUCCAACCAUUUCAACAACAACAACCAUCAUUUCAAGAACAACAACCACAACAACAACAACAACCACAACAAGUAAAUAUUUCCAAAGCCAAUGAAAAUGAAAACUCCUCACUUUUAGCUUAA